AUGCCGAGGUCUUUCCUUGUGAAAAAGAAACGUGGGGCAUGUGGAGCAUGGCAAUGGAAAGAGCCAGAACAGCUUGAGUGGAAAGAAGAUAAUGCACUUGUGAAUGACAUUUCUAUGGAGCAGACAACUUGCUGUCCUGACACCCAACAACCUGAAACUGUAUCUCAGUCAGUAGUCACCUUAGGAUGUGGGACAGCAGGAAUGAUAGUUUCAGUACCUUUGGCAGAAUCAGCAGUACCAGGGCCCGACAUCAGGCCGGACUGGUCUACACUUAUGCUCCGGCGCUCCAUCUACCAUUCCACAACACUGGCACUUCACAGAGCAAAGCCCCGUCCCCGUUCCUCUCCUGGAUCAGGGGACUUUGUGUGCUCAGUGUGCCACAAGAUAUUCCCUCUGCAGCGCAUGCUAACUCGACACCUGAAGUGCCACAGCUUGGUGAAGAGACAUCCUUGUCGAUUUUGUGGCAAAGGAUUCAACGAUACCUUUGACCUUAAGAGGCAUAUGCGAACACACACAGGUAUCCGUCCCUACAAGUGUGAGCUAUGCGAGAAAGCCUUCACACAGCGCUGCUCUCUGGAGUCCCAUAUGAGGAAGAUUCACAGCGUUCACCAACAGUAUGCCUACCGCCAAAGACGCUCUAAGAUCUUUGUUUGUGAGGAUUGUGGUUACACCUCAAGUCGCCCUGAUGAGUACUUCCUUCAUGUGAGACAGUGCCACCCCGGCAGUCCUGCCCUCCGCAGGUACUACCGCCGCCAGGCCCAUGAGAACAGCACCUUUGCUCCAGCAGGCAGAAAACUCAACCCCUAUUUGUUGUACUCAACCCCUGCAUACUACAUGUAG